AUGGCAUGGUACUCCAUCCUCCCGCCCCAGCUCAUCCAGGUUGAGAGCUGGGCUGUGCGGGUCUUCGUACGUCUACUUCAACUCCCCCCCUUUCUCUCCGGAGACCUACUCACUCUUGCCUCCCAGUUCCUCCUCGGCCUCAUCACCAUCGCCCCGUGGGCAGUCCUCAUCAUCAUCGACGCCGCUAUCUACCUCUUCCGCCUCGUACUCUGGGAACUGCCAUACAUCGGCGGCCGCACGCGCGGCCAGCAAAGACCUCGUGCGCCGAGCCUCAACGAACGGCCCGAUGGCCAGCGCCGCGCGUUCAGCCUACGCGGCGUGGAGACAGAUCCGAGCGAUGACAGCAGGGGGAUUGCCAGCGGAACGGGCGGGGAGGCAGGGAAAGAGAAUGCGGCUCCAGUGGGGGACGCGCGGGUGCAUUCCAGUGAGGCGGAAUUAAAGCUCCGGGUCGCUGAGCGGACGUGGGAUUCGACGUGA